AUGAAUCGUAAAGAUAAAACUGAAAUGACGUUUAACGAGCGGAGCGCACGAGAUUAUAAGAUAGCACCGUUCUUCUGGCUGAACUCGUACAUACGUACUCCCAUCAUUUCUGAUUUCCCACUGCUUAGAGAGGCUGUAAAUGCACAAAAUUUUGAUUUGGUAUCGAAAAUAGUUGUGGAACAUGAUCCUUUUGAGGUUAAACGCAUACGGAUCUCUAGCGAAAAUUCAGAACUCUCUCCUAAUCUUAUUCCUUCACAGUCACACAGGCGAAUGGUUGGAUGCAUUUGUGAACCGGAAGCGGAUUCUAUCAACUGGCUAGAAUUAGAAAAAGGCAAUCCAGUUCAGUGUUAUUGUGGUCACUGGUUUCAAUUAGUCAAUUAUGAAGACUACUUUAAUAUGACUAAUCAAUAA